GGGGUGGCGGCGCCGUGGCGGAGGAGCAGGAGCAGGAGGGGGAUGGAGAGGAGAAGGCUCCUGGGUGGCAUGGCGCUCCUGCUCCUCCAGGCGCUGCCCAGCUCCCUGUCAGUCAGGGCUGAGCCCCCGCAGAGGACAGUUGUCAGUGUCUGGAAAUGUGUUGAGAGUGUGGCUGGCAUCCCACCUGUGAGAACCAGGAGUCCGCUUGCCAUCUCCCGCUGCUCAAGACAGCAUCUCACAACCAGGGGGUGGUCUGGCCGAGGAUAAAGAAGCCUGUGUGGGUACCAACAACCAGAGCUACAUCUGUGACACGGGACACUGCUGUGGACAGUCUCAGUGCUGCAACUACUACUAUGAACUCUGGUGUAAGUCCUUGCCCAGGGGGUUCUUGGCAUCCCAGGGUCCCGGUUACCGCCUCUGCUCCUUGGGAAACGGCGGGCUGGCCAGCCUUUUCUGAUUCUCUUGGGGACAGUGUUGGGUUCUGGCUCGUGUGGACCGUCAUCAUCAUCCUGAGCUGCUGCUGUGUCUGCCACCACCGCCGGGCCAAGCAUCGCCUUCAGGCCCAGCAGCGGCAACAUGAGAUCAACCUGAUCGCCUACCGGGAAGCUCACAAUUACUCAGCGCUGCCAUUUUACUUCAGGUUUCUGCCAAACUAUUUACUACCUCCUUAUGAGGAAGUGGUGAACAGACCUCCAACUCCUCCUCCACCGUACAGUGCCUUCCAGCUUCAACAGCAGCAGCUGCUGCCUCCUCAGGGUGGCCCUGCGGGCGGCAGCCCCCCAGGCGCUGACCCGCCCCAGGGCUCCCAGGGAGCACAGAGCAGUCCUUCGUCCAGACCCGGUAGAAGCAGCACAAGACCCCCGAGUGUCGCUGACCCUGAGCCCUCUGAAGUGCCCGCUGACCGGGCGGCCACCAAAGCCCCCGGGAUGGAAUCCAGUGGCUCGGUGGCCGGCCACGGGGAGCCGGACCCAGGGGCCUUCCUGGACAGGGAUUCGGAGUGUAAGGAGGAGCUACUGAAAGAUUCGAGCUCGGAGCAUGGUAGUGUACUCCCCGACAGCAAAGACAAGACACCUGGCAGGCAUCGCCGCUUCACGGGGGACUCGGGCAUUGAGGUGUGUGUGUGUAACCGGGGCCACCACGAGGAUGGUCUCAAAGAGUUCAAUACGCUCAUCGAUGACGCCCUGGAUGGGCCCCUGGACUUCUGUGACAGCUGUCACGUGCGGCCUCCCGUUGACGAAGAGGAAGGGCUCUGCCUGUCCUCUGAGGAGCAGGCUCGAGAGCCCGGGCACCCCCACCUGCCACGGCCGCCCGCAUGCCUGCUGCUAAACACCAUCAACGAACAGGACUCACCAAACUCACAGCGCAGCGGCUCCCCCAGCUAGAACAGGCCCUGCCUGCACCCGAGAGCUUGACAGACAACCAGAGUGGGGGGCACCCACGAGAGAAGCAUUAAGUGACUUUCAGAAGUGGGACAACCACUUUGUCCUUUGAUUUUCCCCUCCUGGCCCACCUUUCCCACAUCUCCGGGUACAAGUUUGGGGUGUGGAUGCCUCCUCUCCCCCACAAAAGCACAGUGUUGUAGAAGACUGAGAAUCUGGUUCUGGGACUCAGCCCACACCCCACUUUUCAGAGCUGUAUCUCACCUACCUGCUUGACCGAGAAACGUAUCUGAAGAGCCCCCAGGACUGGGCCUGAGCUCCAAGAUGGUUCUCGAUGACAGAGUGGCUUCGAAGAGAACGUCGCUGUGUCUCGGUCCGGGAGAGACAGUUUAUCUUGGCCCCGGGUGAAGAAGGAAACCCUCAGGGGCCUGUCUGUGGCUGUCACCUGUGACUGCCAGUGUCUGCGGAGCUGGCGUUGGUCUAAUCCUGUGGGAGGGUGAGAGCUGAUGGACAGGCUGGCGAGGGGCUAGUUGAUCUGACAGGCCCCAGCUGGGAAGUACACCUCCGUGCGUUGUAGAGGGGGCCCCUCCCAGCAGGCUUUGGCUGGCUUCAGCCCGGUUCAGGUGUAGACGCUUAUACUGUGUUCUCCUUUAAAAACACGGAAGAAAGGCCAACAGUAUCCGUGGGUAGGCAAGGAUCCUCUUCUGGACAAGGGAAUUCUGUAGCCCUCCCCCAGGGUAAGUUUCCAAGAGUCUGGCUACUGUUGGGCCAGGAGGAGAGAGUGUGGUAGUCCUGGGCCUUCUGUGAGUGGAGGCCUAAGUCUGACAUCUGGUAGAGAGAGACAUGGCAUCCUCCAUGUCUGCCCAUUGUCCAUGCUCACAGGUGACCAGUGGUCCCACCCAUCCUGAACACAGUCUGCAGUCUCUCCUCGUCCUCUGUAAGCAGAUGGGCUGAGGAAGUUGUAUGUCCUGGGCAAGGCAGCCUCGGCCCCUACACGGUAUUUUCUCUUGAGUUAUCCAGGUCUGUUUGUGUAUUUGUUUGUUUUAAACCGACCACUUGGAAGGAACACCUUGGUUACCUGUGGUUCUCACGGCUGCCCCUGCCCAGAGCCUGCUGGAGAGGGGUGACUCACUCUCCUGUAGAGCCUUUGUAGAGUCUCUCAGGCACGAGGUGACAGCCAUCUCCAGCAGGACCUCGGGCCUGGUUGCUGUCAUCUGGCCCUAGAGACGCGAUCGUGCUUUGACAGGAGAGCAGAGCAUAGAAGCAGCUGAAAUGAGCAUUCCCCACCCAGCCUGUCCGUGCGGAGUUUGGUUUUCCCUGCUCUUGAACGAUGAUAUGUAGACUCGGCACUGUCAUUAUAGUGAGGAAAGGAAAAAGUUCACAUGUAAACACACACCUACACAUCUGAGGCUGUGAGGUGAUGUGUGUCUGCAUGUGGAUGCCACAAACCAAAAUCCUUGUCGAACAAAAGUGAAGUCUACACAGUGAUGUUAGAUGAUGCGUGUGUGUGUGUGUGUGUGUGUGUGUGUGUGUGUGUGUGUGUGUGUGUUAUCGAGUGCAAGUAUGCGAGUUGUAUGUGGCCUCCAUGCCCCUGUUCCUGUGAAGAUACUUUGAAUGACCAUUCUGCUCGUGUUAACCACAUGUCUGGAGCACCAAUGGCCGGCUCAAGGUAAUUUAUUUUACGCAUUUACUGUUUACCGAACAAAUAUCUGACUGUACUCGGGUGUCGCCAGCAGCGCCUGUGUGUGCCAGCGACCCUGCCCUCCAGGGAGAGGUUUCUUACUCAGCUCACCACUGCGAUCGGCGCAUGGCUCCACGGACACUCAGAGGCCCGCAUCCCCUUCCCUGUACAUGGAAACGUGUUCUGAACUGGUCUCCCUCCCUCUGCUGCCUUCAGACAGCUUGCUAGAGGCUUGAGUGACAAGCUUGGACUGGUUGUGGCUCAGACAGCGACCUGCCCAGGAUCACCAGGAGUCUCUCACAGACACCGUGAUGCCACAAGCAUGCCCCUCCUCUGCUGAGGUCUAGAGGGUUGGUAUGUGGUCAGAGGGCCCCCAGCUGCAGCCCCCACACACCUUUCCCGAUACCUUCUUGUUAAAAUCCCAGACAACUCAAAACCUAGGAUCCCAAAAUGAACCCCUCUUUAGUUAACUGCUGAUGAGGUGGGACCCCUUCAGGUUUCUUUCCCCUGGCAGGAUGGGAGCGGGCCUGAGAGGACUGGCUUCGCUGAAGCACCCGCCAAGAUGACCAAGCCACGGUCCGGCCCCCGCUGCUCUAGGCCGCACUGGCGCUCAGAGAGAGCACAGGAAAUACGAGUUAGGGGCCGGGGAGACUUGGCUGAGUUGGGUUUCCAGGUAAAUGGAGGAGGGGUUAGGCAGAGGGCUUGGUGCUCCGGUCAGCUCUGCAGCCGCUAACACAUUCCUGUGUGAGGCACAUCGGCGUCCGUCAGUUAUUGUGAAUAUGUGUAUCUUAAGCAAUAAGAGUCCGCUGCUCAGACUCCCUGGGCAGUCCGGAGGACGCAUCUCCUGUGCCGUGAUUGUUCUGAAGGCAGAGUGGAUCUAACCACUGUGAGAAGCCCCUAAUAAACCAGUCCCGAACGGUC